AUGUGGUCGCUGGCUUCCCGCGGGGCAUCUCCCAGGGCUGACGGCCACACUGGCAAGGGCUCCGGACAGCAGAUAUUUUCCUUGCGGAUAUCCACUGGAUAUUAUCGUCGACUGAGCAAUGUUAUGGCGGAAGCUCUACAUCCGGACAGCGCAGAGCUUGGAAUUGUCCGCGAUGGUUACCCCGCACUCGCUGGCUGGAUAGGACGAGACCCCGAUGGCGAAACCUUGGUCUUCCGCAGGUUCAGGAAACUCAGCGCUCGCAACCUUCUCCACUUGCAGAGUCAGCUUAUCCAGCUAGAACAAGAGAUAGAUGAACUUGAUGACGAAGCGCGGAGGAGUCCCAACCUCGACGCUCGUCAGGCAUCGCGACGAUGGGAAACACUCACGCAGCUUGCUGCUGAUCCGACAAGGCCAGAGAUGAAACGUCUAGAGAAGGUGGCUGAGCUAUCGGCUACGAUGAAAGAGUACGAAGAGGCACUGCUGCGACAAUCUCGAAUCGCUGAAUUAAGCGGACCUAGCGCUCGUGUUCUUUCCACUUAUCGCGACUAUUUGGAGGGAAACGCCUGGAAAGGCCCUUAUUUACAAUCAGUCCCGAUUAUAAGCGGAAGAGCUAAGGAUAUGUUGAAAGAAGCAGACGAUCUAGUCGCCUUACGAAGGCCCGCCGACGAAGAUAUUCUCUCAAAACUUCUUCAAGAUCACUGGGCCUUUCAGAGCCGCAAAACCACCGACCCACUUGAUCGCACGACAGUAUACAAGGGACAUUAUGUCACGCAGAUAGUUGCCGCAAUUAGUAUCCUAGUUGCUGCAAUCCUGUUGAUUGUUGCCAUUAUCAGCCUUUACAUUGCCAAUGAUCAGACUACAAAGUUGGGUUUAGUGGUCGCGUAUACGUUCACCUUUGCUCUCAGUAUUGCACUCUUGACCAAUGCUAGGAGAGUGGAAAUAUAUGGUGCUGCGGCCGCCUAUGCUGCAGUAUUAGUUGUGUUUAUUUCGGGAAAUAUAGGGACAGUACCAGCCUGA